AUGAAUUCAAUAGAACAAAAGUGUCCAAUCAAUAUUAAUCCAUAUGACAUACCAUUUGGACAGUGUGUCUACUACACCACACUCACAGUCUACGUGUUCGUGAAAUACCUCAAACAGCACAAUAUAGUUGGUAAACUCGACUUGAUCAUCAGAAUGAGCCAUAGCAUCGAUAUGCUACUCGAUGCAAAUGGACUAUACUCAUUCUACUACGGUAUUCUGGUUCAAUACGACAAUCUGAUAUUCCUGGUGCUUCUUUCAUAUGCUCUAUCAGAGUACAGCCAGAAUAUCAAUAUGCUGGAAUACUACAGAAGUCAUGUCUCAAUACCAGAUAUACCACGAUGCUACUACUUCACCUACAACUGCAUAUUUGGAACAUACCUGGUUGUGGUACUACGGAUGAUUGGAACAGCAUCAAGACUGAUAUCAGAGAAGUACGCUCACAUCCACAGGAGACUGAUCACCAAACUCACUACCACCGUAACAACAUUCAACCUGAUAUUGAUCACGUUAUUCUGGCCACUCUACUUCUACGACCCAAUUCUGGUUAAACCGUAUUAUACCCUGAUUGAUGGGCUGAAUACCCCACCAUUUACUGAGAUAUCAAUGCAUCUGCUCCCAUUUAUGAUCUGUAUUUGGAUGUACAGGGAGAUUAGAACACCACCAGAUCACACUGAUAGGAUACUACUCGUUUUGGGCGGAGUCUAUGCUACAAUAAUGCUAUUGAUAUGCAAAUAUACCACUGGAAUAUUCCCAUACCUAUUUCUGAAUGAAAUGGGUCCAACUGGAUUCCUGUUUCUGAGUGUGAUUAUCAGUCUAAUUGGAAUGAUACUACAGGUUGUGCUCUAUAGGUACGUAUCCAGUUACUAA